CUCAGGCUGACUUCUGUCUGAGGCCCCCAGUCACCCACAGAUUGGAUUUCUCCACUGCAGAUCAAAGGGAGCCACGGGUCUACUGCUGCCAUGCUUUCCUACUGUGAUGAUGCGGAACUCUAGAACCGGUGGCUAAUGCAUACAACGCAGAUAUUCCAAACAAAGGGGUGAUUCAUGUGUCCCGAGCAGGAGAAAGUGGGAUGAUGCAAAGUCACGCUACUCAGAAGGACAAUUUCAAACUUAUGAAUUAUUUAGUAUUGGAACUGUCCAUUAAUACGGUUGGAUUGCUGUUGGCAAUGAUGCUGGGAACUGGAUGUUCUCCGACCGGUUAGCCAGAGGCAAGGCUAAUCUUGGUCGUCCAUAGCUUCCAUAGAUCGGAAUAACCCCGGGACUCGCUGCGCCUGAGACCAGAGAUCAGUAUUUUAAAGUUCUGGGUCAACUAAAAUCGCAAGGAGAAUACAGCUCCAAUCAGGACGCCGGGAGGUUCCGCCCAAGGAGCUGGCGCCGGAAGUGCUGCGUGUGUCACUUCCGUCGCACUGGCGGGCGCCAAGAUGGACGCUCCGUGGGCUCGGGAGCAGCUCCGGAGGCGUUACCUAUUUCCUUCCGAAGCGGGGCUGGACUGUGAGGACGACGCCAGACCAGAAACCUCCACAGCUGAUGAGAUAAAGGAGAAACCUCUUCCAAGACUUAACAUUCAUUCUGGAUUCUGGAUUUUGGCAUCCAUCGUUGUAACUUAUUAUGUUGAUUUCUUUAAAACCUUUAAAGAAAAUUUCCAUACUAAUAGCUGGUUUCUCUUCGGCGGGGCCCUGCUGUUUGUCAGCCUGUCCAUCGCCUUUUACUGCAUAGUCUAUCUGGAGUGGUACCGGGGGAUUGAAGAGUACGAUGUCAAGUACCCCAUGCUGGUCCCCAUCACAACCGCGACUUUCAUCGCAGCGGGGAUUUGCUUCAACCUGGCUCUGUGGAAUGUGUGGUCAUUCUUCACCCCCUUGCUGCUCUUCACUCAGUUUAUGGGGGUUGUGAUGUUCAUCUCGCUCCUCGGAUAAGUUCCAGACUUAAGAACGUGAGCAUUUAAAGUGAACAAAGCAUCCAGCUUGUGCCACUGACCUGAAGGAGAAGCCUAGCCUGCUCUGGUGUCUGAAGUGAGUGGUUUCCAUGGCAACUGUGACUUUCUAAACCUGCUGUUGAAAUCUGAAUAAACGAUCUUUCUCUUGGGUGUUCGCAAACAAGUGAUUGUCAGCAGUUUGUGUUAGAUGGAACUGAGUCAGAGUUUGGAGACAGUGGUUGUCUAUUACUGGAGCACAGUGUGCCCACAGUUUCCAGAAGCUGAGGGUUAGCUGCCUUUGUGUAAGUGACUGGACGCAAGUAUGAAAGGAUUGUGUUGUCACCUUUAGUAGUCACUGGAUAGCUCAUAUUUGUCAUAGCUUUUUAGGGAGGGGACCAAACGGAAGCAUUUACUGUUUCCUGCUACUUUGGAUUUUAUCACUAUGUAAGUUAUUGGGUUGUUAGCAUUUUUUAACAUAUGCACUUUUAAUAAUGUUUAAGUAUCUAUGAUUUUUUUCCUGUAACAUCAAUAAAAUAUUUUUAUAACUUUCUUGU